AUGUCGGAUAAAAGUACAAGUUGUCCUCUGCCGCCGAGUAAUUUCAGUAUUGAUAUUAACGCCUCGAAUAUGCCUUUGGCUUGGAGAAACUUUAAAACUAGUCUUGGUAUUUAUACGAUUGCCAACGAUUUGGAAAAAGAAUCAGACAAAAGAAAGGUAGCCAUUUUGUUACAAACUAUUGGCUCAGACGCUCUCCAAAUAUUUUACUCGUUUAAUACUGAAAUAGAUAAGAUCACCUACAAGGAUCUACUCGCCAAAUUUGAAGACUAUUUUACGCCGCGUGUGAAUAUAUCUGUCGAAAGGCAUAAGCUGUUCAAUAGAAAACAAGGUCCAGAUGAAGAAAUUGAGACAUAUGCCACUGAUCUCAAGAAUCUAAGCAUCCAAUGCAAUUUCGAAGGUCUUGCGGACGAUAUAGUAAAGGACAUAUUCUCAUGGAACUUAAAUUCAUCUUGCUCAUACAUCAGAGAACGUAUCCUGAUCGAGAAACCAUCUUGGGUUGGGUUUGAGUCAAAGGCACCUGAAUUUGAUGAUACUGAUUGUGCAGGAGUCUCGGGGACCCUUGAUUGGAACACCUCCAAGUGA